ACUGGCAAUGAGAGUUACAUUUACAUCUCUAAUAUGAUGACCUGGCUUGGAGCUCAGAGCUACUGUAGACAGCAUCACACAGACCUGACCAGUGUAAGAAACACAACAGAAUACUUAGUUAUACAGGAACUGAUCACUGUAAAGACUUGGAUUGGGCUGUUCAGAGACUCCUGGAAGUGGACAGACCAAACAAACUUCUCUACCAUCAGUUGGAUGUCUGGAAAACCUGAUAAUAAACUGGGGAAAGAAAAUUGUGGUUAUUUAAAUAACAGUCAGGCUGCUGAUGCUCUCUGCUCAGACGUAAUGCCUUUCUUCUGUUACUCAGUAAUCACGGAUAAAAAGGAAACCAUAAGAGUGAAGGUCCGGUCCAGUCAGGAUGUGAAUGAUCCUGCAGUAAAGGCAGCCAUCUUGGAGCAGAUAUACCAGAAACUGCGUGAUCAUGGGAUGGCACAGAACAUCACAGUGAAAUGGAGAGAGCAGCGAGAUGGAGAAGUGUUUCACAAGGAGAAACAAAAUAAUACUAUGGUAAAAAAUGAGACUAAGCAGAAGUGUGGCCUUUAAGUCCUGUAAAGUGCAUUCAUACUCAUUUUGGAAUAACGUUCUCAA